AUAAGAUUGGGAUCAAACAUCAUAAUCUAAAUCAAAGACAAAUGAUAAAAAUCCAUAUGACAACAAAAGCAUCUGAAGCCAACAUUGCGCUAACAAUCCUUAUUAUAGGUUUUGUCUAGAAACUUCACCGCAGAUGUACGUUAUUCCUCGGGGACCCAGUACAUUUCCAGCUGAAUGCCGGAGAAGGCAACACGCUUGCCUUCGGAGCUUUCAACAAUCACCUUGCUGGAACUUUAAUCCUUCCCCUGACCCUGUUCAAGCCAUUGCCUUCCAUUCCUGAUGAAGUAUUAAUAAGAACUUCAAGAUUGGAUUGUUUAUCCUCGAUUCUCAGACCCUUUUUGAGGUAUUUUGUUGGUUUGUUAUUUCAAUCUUGGCAUCUAUUUCUCCAUAUUUUUAGAGUUUUUCAGUAUUGUGAGUUUACUGAUUCUAUGACGAGUUUUGAAAGGAUUGUAACUUAUCCUGCUACUGCUAUGGUUGCCAAAGAAGUGAUAGAACAACCUAAUGUCAACCUUGAAUCCCUAAAACAGCUGAUAUUAAAUCUUUUUAAUGCUC